UCCAGCAUUUGUCACUCUCCAAACUCCCCUUUCUCACUCAGACUCACUAGGAUGGGGAGAGGGAAUUCGUCUUCCCAGGAUUUGGGGUGGAGAGAGGGAAGCCUAACGCCCCUAGAAAACUUCUUCCCUACUUCUGGCUGACUACACUGUAGGACUAUUCCCUUCCUCCUGUGUCUACUCGUUCUCAUCCCUUUAUCCUAAAGGUUUUUGGACCCCUCUGUAGAGUGGACAGUGGAGGUCGGGCUUCUUUUGGGUUAUGACCUUCUUGCAUUCUUCCGCUCAUUAUUUGGAAGCCCCAGGGGAAAGGGGAUAUAAAUCCCUAGUGUGAUGUUACAUGUUUUGAUCGCUCCUCCAUGCCUCAGUUUCUCCCCCCCCCCCUUUGCUGGGCCCCUGCAGAGGUCACGGGAGGAAUAAAGUCCUAGGGAAGAGAGGAAUGUUCCUGGAAAGGGGUCAAGGAAUUUCACAGGUGUGGACGGGGAACUUAGGCACCCCCUGCCCUCCAAGCUGCCACCACCAUGGUGCCCUGGGAAGAGCCAGAACGGCUGGUGUGGCGUCCAGAAGCUGUGCCUGCAGUGCCUGUGGGGCUGGAGGUAAAGAUGGGUGCCCUGGUGGUGCUGCUGGUGCUCACCCUGUUUUGCAGCCUAGUGCCUAUCUGCGUGCUUCGACGUCCCAGUGCCAACUUCGAGGCCUCAGCCUCCAGAAAGAAAAUCCUGAGCCUGGUGAGCUGCUUUGCAGGUGGUGUUUUUCUGGCCACCUGUCUCUUGGACUUGCUUCCAGAUUACCUGUCUGCUAUAGAUGAGGCCCUGAGUGCCCUCCGAAUCACUCUUCAGUUCCCACUGCAGGAGUUCAUUCUCGCCAUGGGUUUUUUUCUGGUUCUGGUGAUGGAGCAGAUUGUGCUAGCCUACAAAGAGCAAUCAGGGCCCCUUCCAAGAGAGGAGACUCGAGCACUCCUGGGCACAUCGGGCAGUGCACCUCCCCACUGGCAUGAUGGACCCAUGGCUGAUGGGACUUCUCCUACCCCUUCAGCCUUAAGGGCCUGUGUCCUGGUCUUCUCGCUUUCCCUACACUCAGUAUUUGAAGGGCUCGCUGUGGGGCUGCAGCGGGAGCGAGCCCGGGCAAUGGAGCUGUGUCUGGCGCUGCUCUUGCACAAAGGGGUACUAGCUGUCAGUCUGUCCCUACGGCUACUGCAGAGCCGGCUGCGAGCUGGAGUGGUAGCCAUUUGUGGGGUCCUUUUCUCCUGCAUGACACCACUGGGUAUCGGGCUGGGGGCUGCACUGGCAGAGUCAGCAGGGCCUCUGCACCAGCUGGCACAGUCAGUGUUAGAAGGCAUGGCAGCAGGCACCUUCCUUUAUAUCACUUUCCUGGAGAUCUUGCCCCAGGAACUGGCUGCUUCUGAGCAGAGGAUCCUCAAGGUCAUCCUACUUCUGGCUGGUUUUGCCCUGCUCACUGGUCUGCUUUUUAUUCGUGUUUAAAUCACCUCUGAGGGAUGGGGGCUUUGGGAGCUGAAAGUGCAUAUGAUGGGGGAGGGGGGUGGAGUGCAUUGGUGGGUGUUGUUAGGACCCCAGAGAAUGACCAGUGGAACAUGAGACAAAGAACAGAUAAAACUCCCCAGGAAUGUAGGGGGAGGUGAAGAGGGGAGAAGAAAACUUAGAAAAACACUAGACAAGACAAAGGGACGUGUGACCAGGUGAUAGAAUACAAGGACUGAAACACUAAGGGUAGGGCCAUCAGAGAGUGAGGAAUGGAAAAGGAAUCUGGAGUCCUUAGGGGUAUUGAUUCUAUCCCAUUCCUGUGCUCUCCUGGAGAAGUCCCUUUUUUUCUUCUUCUGGCCCCCUCCCCUUCUCAAUGUUUACUUUUUAGAGGGCAUGAUGACUGAUGACAUCCACAAGCCAAGUUCCUUGCCCUCAGUUGAACUUCCAUUCCUCCUAUAAAGUGCCAAAUACCCCUCUCCCCCUUUUCACAAAGCACAUCGGUAUUGGGCCUUGCCGGGCAGCUAAAUGAGAGCUGCUGCCUGCUGUUGAUUUCCAGACCUUUCACCCUCUCUGGGGCUGGGGGUGAGUAUCGAGCCUGGUGAUCUUGCCCAGGUGCCAAAGGCUGAACUGCCUCAACUCUUUUUGUACCAGAGAAGCCCUGGAGGCCCGCCUCCCAGGAGUAUUUUUGGAGAAGGGUGGGUGGAUGGGAGGGGAGGGA